AUGGCGGAAGACUCAACACCUGUGACCUUUGAAAAUAUAAUAAGCGCAAUGCCAGUCGCUCCAGUUACUCCUAGAAGGAGUAGGUCCACUACAACUCCAAGGAGCCCAGUAUAUGAGGGAAUGCUUUCACGGAAUACAAGAAGAAUGCUAUCAUACAUCCUCUUUAUACUGAUGGUUUGCUUUAUACUAUCGCUGAACUUUCUUCCACUUUACACGAACGAUACAAGUACUGAAAGUCAAGUCCUGGAUAUCAACGAUGGUAGUAGAAAGUAUACAUUUAGCACUUAUUACCGAGGCAACUAUACUCUCUGUCAACAAGCACACAAGGUCAAAUUUAAAAGUGGAAAGAUUGAACAGAGAAAUGAACAUUGCUGGACUGGACGUAUGGAUGCAACUAUGAUGUUUAGGGAUGUAGCAAUGAGCACCUAUACACGAGUUUACUUUAUACUUGCGCUAGAAGUUCCAUAUCGUGGACAAUGGUGGAAAUUUUGGAGAUGGCACAAAUCCCCCUUUUCUACUUCUGUGCGCAAUAACCGAUUAUUCAUUGGCCUAUCUGGUCUGGAACUUGAUCGCAAAUCGGAUAAAACAAUAUUAAAUGGCAUUUCCCCAAGUGUUGGCCCUGUUGUUCCAAAGGCAACAUUGAAAAAUUACUGGCCUGAUACCGCGCUAAAAUUAUCUACAUGGAAUGAAUUUAGCACAAAGGGACCCAUAUGUUCCUACAAGGCAACUGUCCACCAUCCUGUCCCCAAUCAGAAUCAAAAGUCCUUUAAACUUCAAGAUGAGUUUUACUUAAUGGGACUGCGAAGGUUCGUCCUGAACGAAUUUGAAAGGAUAUCAAAAUUUGAUACUUCACUUUAUAAUCCAUUCAACUUUUUGUCAAAUAGACAUUUUGGUUCCAAGUUUGCCACUGGGAUUGGUGAGGAUUUCGAGGUAAUUGACGAUUUCAAGUGGAUGGAUAAUGAAGCAGGAACAGAUGAUGAUUUCCACGACAUGGGUAUAAUUAACCCAGAAAUCAGUGGUGAAUUUUUAUCUGGUGAGUGUGGAAUUUCUGUAAGGUUUGCAGGGGCAGAGAGGGACAUGACUGUUUUGGAUGGGAUGUUAAAUAGAUUCUCAAUCCUCUUUUUAGUAAAGUCCAUUAUAGAGUGCAUAAUUUUGUGCACUCAAUUCAAAAAGAUUGAUGAGGAAGCCCAAGGGCAGACUAUAAGUAUAAUAUCACUCUGUAUGAUCUCAUAUCAGGAGAUACUAGAAAUUUUUUUGCUCUUGUAUCACGGUUCUGUCUUUCAAAACGCCCUAAUGACCUUUGGAUCAAUCAUGUUUCUGAAGUUUUUCAUGCUCUCUGUUGUAGAGCAUAGUUUUGUGGUUUUAAUCUGGCGCGCAAAUCAUUCAGCUCACAUUAGAGAAGGUUGGCUUUCCACACAGAAGCGUUUUGUUUUAUUCUAUCGCUAUUACUUUAGUUUUAUUCUCAUACUUGUAGUUAUUUGGUAUUUCUUUUAUGAAUCAAAUCCACUGGUUAUUCUAUUGACAUACCUAUCAUGGAUUCCUCAAAUAAUGUUGGAUAUAUGGAGAGGACAUUCUAGCGCCUUAAAUUUCAUCUUUAUUCUCUUGCUGUCGGCUUGUCGCUUGGUGCUUCCAUGCUACAUUUUCCUUGGGGGUGAAAAUAUAUUUAAUAUGGAUAUGUUUUCACUUGAUGCGGCAAUGCCCAGUCCUUCCAUUGGGUUUUCAAUUAUACUGGUUAAGUUGGUACAAAUCAUGCUAAUAUGCCUACAAAGGUUGUAUGGACCAAGGUGUUUUGCUUCCUUGUCUAUAUUGCCGCAAAUUUAUAAUUAUGUGCGCCCAUGGAGCAAGAUGAUGGAAGAUGAUCCGCAGGAGUGCGUCAUUUGCAUGUAUGAUAUUCUUCAGUCAAACAGAGAUUGGUGUUUGACUCCAUGUGAUCAUUUGUUUCACGCGAAUUGCUUACGAGAGUGGACAUCGAUUAAACUUGAAUGUCCAAAUUGCAGGAGACCACUUCCUCCAGUAUCAUAA